ACAACUAAAGAAACAAUUAAUUAGUAGCUUUAACAAGUCUAUCCAAGAGUGCUUUACCUGCCCGUUCUUAUCGGUAAACAUGAAUGAACAUAUACAGAGUAUUACUAUAGUACUGUAGACGAAAUAAAAUUUAAAAUAAGUGGUGAAAUACUCCAGUCCUGCUAGAGCUAGCUCGCUUCUCCAGUUCUCCCCCUCCGCCGCAUUCGCCUUCCAUUUCACCUCGCUGCGGUUUACCUCUCCCUUUCUCUCACCUUCCUCGCCCACCUCCAUCGCCUCGUCCUUAACCAUCGCCUCGUCCUUAAGCAAACGACGCGGCGAGCGACCCGCGACCCUAACCCUAGACAGAGAGAGACGAGCAGCUGGGCCGACCGCACGCACGCGUACCCACUCAGCGGCGCAAUGGCGGGGCGCCCCCUCACCUCUCGCUCGUCGGCGGCGGCCGGCCGGGAUGCGUGAGAUCGCGGCGCCGGAUGGGGAAAGACGCCGGCGAGGCGCAGCAGCCGCCGGACGGGGCGGGCGGCGGCGCAGGCGGAGGCGCAGGAGGAAGCAGGGGCGGCCGCUUCUGCUGCUGGUGCGGAAGAGGAGGAGGAGCGGCGAGGGUGAUUCGGCUGCAAUGCGUUGCGGCACUCGUGCUCGGGGUGGCCGUGCUGCUGUCGGCGCUCUUCUGGCUCCCGCCCUUCGCGGGGCGGGGUGGCGGCAAGGAGGGCCCGGAUCCGGGCGACGAGUUCGGAGCUGCUAUAGCGGCAAGCUUUAGGCUACACAAGACAGUUCCUGAGCUAAGUGGAAAUAAAUCCCAGCUCGUAUUGGAUAUCUAUGAGGAAGUUGGCAUUCCUAAUUCCACGGUGGUUGUGAAUAAGCUACAUCCAUUGGAUGGAUCAAACUGGACAAACAUCAUCUUCAGCAUUGUCCCUUUCCCAGAGAACGCAACUAUAUCAUCAACAUGGUUGAGCAUUCUUAGAUCAAAGUUCAUGUCCUUGGUUGUACGGCAGUCAACAAUCCACUUGACUAAGCCUCUAUUCGGGAAUUCAUCAUACUUUGAAGUAAUUAAAUUCCCAGGAGGAAUAACAAUUAUCCCUCCACAAACUGCUUUUCUUCUUCAGAAGCCUCAUGCGACAUUUAAUUUUACUCUGAACUAUCCGAUCUACAAAUUACAAGACAGGACUAAUGAGUUAAAGGAUCAAAUGGAGGCAGGACUACUACUCAAUCCAUAUGAGAAUCUGUAUAUCAAAUUGACAAAUUCGGAAGGUUCGACGAUUCUCCCGCCAACAAUCGUUGAGACCUCCAUUGUCCUCGAAGUUGGAAAUCACCAGCCAUCUGUACCAAGGAUGAAGCAAUUGGCACGCACAAUUACCAAUUCAUCUUCAUCCUCGGGAAACCUGGGUCUGAAUCAUACAGUAUUCGGAAGGGUAAAGCAGAUUAGCCUUUCAUCCUAUCUUAGGCAUUCUUUGCAUACUGGAGGUGGUUCUGAUGCACCAAGUCCUGCACCCAUGCAUCACCAUGGUCAUCAUGGCAAUCAUCACCAUCACCACAGUCAUGACGACAACAGGCAUCUAGCUCCUGCUCCAGCUCCAGUACAUUUUGCUAUGCCGCAACCCAGAUAUGGUGCUCCACCUCCAUCUGGGUGUCCAUACAGCAAAAACAAGCCAAAUAAAAGAGGGCCUGUUACAAUUACACCAGCUGCUGAGCCUGCAGCUAAUGAUCACCGAUCUACUUCCAUUGCUUUACCACCACAUCCAUCGUCAACUUCAUCUGCUAGUCGCUCUCGACAUGGUCCCAGUAUGCAGGGUGGAGCUCCUGUUUCUCACCCUCCUGCUCUACCAGAGCCACCUUUGCCCACCGUUUCGUUCGCUCAUCCACAUCUUCCAAGUGAACAUGGAACAGGGAUAAGUCCUGCUCCAAGUGAAGAGGCGGCAACACUAGCAGAUCCUGCUGGGAUGUCACAAGUGGCACCUGCACCUCAUGCAUCUUACGCCGCCAGGAUGCAGGGCGAUGCUCCCUGCCGCUGGAUUCUUUUUCUCCUCGCGCUAUGCACCAUAACGAGCCUGCUAGUACGAUGAAAGGAGUACACGGGCCGGCCAACAUCAGCAACCGCCGCCGCUGUUUGUACGUGCUAAAGAGGACCGACCGCACGGGUCUCCCACCGGCAAGGCGACCAUCAGAAGACCAUAACGAGCUCGCCCCUCGUUGCUUGGUAGCUGUCAGUUUGUCGCUGCAUGUAAAUAUUGGAUGGGUUUACAAAACCGCGAGACGCGUGGUGGUCAAAGCCACAGGGGGUGGCAGGCCCUUGUCCAGCGUGUGUGUAGUGCUGCUGCCGCUGCUGCUGAUUCUCAAGUCUGAAUUCGGCAGACGCGGCCUCGUCAAAAGUGUAAAGAACCUCCAGUUCCGGAGGGUUCGUUCCGCAUCUAUCCACGCGCUCAGUUUUGCUGUGGCGGUAGUUCAUGUGUCUGUGCUUACCGUGUCGUAUAAAGUUGUAAUAUCAGCUAAGAUCGUGGAGUCGUAGAAUCAAGCAAAAUAGAAGUCCAAACGACAGAAUCGAGAUUUUUUUGUUU